AUGAGUAAACUUUCACCUUUAUCUUCAUCACCAACAUUGUUAUCACCAUCAAGUAGUAAUAAUAAUAUAUUUGAUUAUAGAGAUGUUCAUUCACCUAAAGAAGAUUUAAUAUCAGAUGAUUAUCAUCAAUUUAAAGAUAUACCUAUUAUCAUUGAUAAUGGUACCUAUAAUGUAAGAGCUGGUUAUUCAAAUGAAAAUAAACCAAGAUUACAAUUUAAAUCAUUAGUUGGUAAAGUUAAAUCGAAUUCACAACCGAUUGUUGGUAAUUCCAUUAGAGAGAGCGAUAUAUCUAGACUUACAUUGAAGAGUCCGUUUGAUUCGAAUCUACUGGUGCAUCCACCAACACAAGAAGCGAUAUUCGAUUACAUAUUCGAGAGAUUGGGUGUCAAUUCAUCUAUAGAGAAUCCAAUUAUAAUAACAGAACCAUCUUCAAAUCCAUCUUAUUGUAGAAAAUAUAUGAGCGAAUUAUUAUUUGAAUGUUAUAAUAUACCUUCUUUAACCUAUGGAAUAGAUUCAUUGUUUGCAUUCUAUGGAAAUAGACAUUUGUUUGAUGAUAAUGGUGCCAAUGCUAUGAUUGUAGGUGCUGGACAUGCAGUUACACACAUCUACAACAUACAGAAUGACAUUGUACAACACUAUAGCACAAGAAGAAUCAAUGUUGGUUCUUCUUUACAAACUGAAUAUCUAAAGAGAUCAUUACACUUGAAGUAUCCACAACAUAAAACAUUCUUUACUUCAAAUUAUAUAAAUGAUGUUAAAGAACAACAUUGUAUAGUAUCAGAUACAUCUUAUAUUGAAAAGUUGAAUGGAUUCAAGUUGGAUAAUAGUCUGGAUGUUAAUUUAAUACAGCUACCAUUCCAAGAGGUGGAUUUGGCGCAGUUGGAAGAGGAUAAACAGAGAAAGCUUGAGAAUAAGAAGAAGAUGGGUCAGAUGGCAAGAGAUAAGGCAGAGCAAAAGAGAAAGGAAAAGAUGGUCGAGUAUGAAGAACAGCUAUCGAGAUUGGAAGCAAUCGCUUUGCUAAAGACAGAGAAUGCAGCAGAGUACGAAGCAUCGUUGGAGUCAGAGUCACUGAAAGAACGUGAGUUUCUCAAGCAAAUCGAUGAGCUACGCGAGAAACUCGGUAGGAAACGUGAACCGAUUCCCGAGAAAUCGAAUGAAGAGGAAUUCCCAUUGCUCUUUAUUGCCGACGAUCAGCUGUCUGCCGAUCAACUCAAGGAGAAACGCAAACAGAAACAUCUAAAGGCGUUGAAAGACAGCAGGUUGUCAGCCAAGCGAAAGAGAGACGAAGAGAAGGAGAAGGUCGAUGCUAUCAACAAGAAGGAGGAGGAUGCAUUCGAACGUGAUCCAGAGGCAUAUAUAAAGGAUCUAUACGAGAGGAGGAAGAAGAUAUUGGAUCGGAAGGAAGCGAGAGAGAAGGCGAGAACACAAGUCAUUAGAAGACAAUCGAAGCUGCGAUCUCUCGAGCGAAAGAACGAUGACGACGAUCCUGAGGAUGCCGAAGACGAUCUACAGAUGACAACCAUAGAGAAAUGGCUGAACCGAUUCGACCCGACCUGGAACAUUGUCGAGGAGGACGACGACCCUCUCAAGGAUUUCAUGACGGCCAAAGACUUCCAGGUGCGUCUCGACGUCGAGAGAAUCAAAGUACCGGAGAUUCUAUUCCAACCGAAAGCACUGAUCUCACUCGAUGAAAUGGGUUUGAUGGAAACCAUCGAAAUGGUACUCUCAGAGAUCAAAGAUAGGAAACUACAAAACAAAGUGGCAUCGAACGUCUUUCUCACUGGUGGUCAAGUGUUGUUUAAGAAUUUCGAUAGAAGACUCGAAUAUGAAUUGACACAACUUCGUGAGCCUGGCACGAAAUUCAAUAUUUUCAAGAGUGAUCAUGGUCUGCUGGAUUCAUGGUUCGGUGCCAAACGUUGGUAUUACGAUACCAAACAUCAGUGGCAACAACAUUCGAUCUCUCAAAAAGAAUUUCAAGAGUAUGGCUACGAUUAUAUUAAAGAACAUUUUGCAUCUAAUCUUUCUAUUUAUAAUAUUUUAAACAAAAAUGUUGGUAAAUAA